AUGGCUGUAAGCUUCAGAUACUGGGACGAUUGUGUUGCUCCCCAGGACUUGGAGACAAUGUGGAAGGACCCGGACGUGAAAAAUGAAUGGAUUAAUGCUGGAGAGGACAAAGAAUCGAAAGUUCACCUUUCACGUGAUCCUGAUGGUCACCCUUUUUUGACACAAAUUGAAAUGAAGGCUGUAGCCGGGAUAAUUGUCCACAGACAUUAUGUUUCCCAAAUUGAUUCGGAAAUGCUAUGUGCCAUUGCUGAACUUGAAAGUGACAGACAACCACUAUGCACCCAUUACAUCAAGAAAAAGAAAGCUUCUACGAUGGGUAUCAUGCAAAUUUUUCCGAAAACUGCUGAGUGGUUGGUCAGAGAACUGGGAUACACUGCAUAUCAGAUUAAGGAUUCAAACACCUUGUACAUGCCUUUUGUAAAUGUUUAUUUGGGUGCUGCCUAUCUUAAGUGGUUGUCAACAUAUGAUCAUAAAGAAAGAAGUGAAGAGUUUAUGGUUAGGGCUUACAGAGGUGAUAUAAAGAAAGCCAAUCAUAAAUCAACUUUACCAUAUUGGAAACGAUAUCUUUCUGUCAAGGAAAGUCUUCCAUCGAGAUCAGGCAUUGCUGGUAUGAUAUGGGACUCUAGAGCUUCUCCUGAUGACAUGAAUGAUAUGUGGAAUAAAUCAUAUGUUCGUAAAGAGUGGACUAAAUGUGGAGAGAAACGUGGAAAAGUAAAUAUUUCUCAUGAUACCAACAAAAGACCUUAUGUUUCCCGGAUGGAACUAAGGGGGGUUGCUGAGGUUAUUCUUACAAAACAUUUUAGCACACAGAAAGUACAAGCAUCAGUUUUGUGUGCUAUGGCCGAGAUCGUAAGCAUGCGUUACCUGAACGGGGUUGGACAACGUAUUGGACUCAUGGGAAUAGAUUACCCUACGGCUCGAUGGCUCUACAGGGACUUGGAUUACAAGGCAUACAACGUGAAAUCUGUGGAGGAUCUUACAUGGCCUUUUGUCUCCAUGUACUUUGGUGCAGCCUAUCUGUCCUGGCUGACAAAUUAUGAAGGGAGUGAAAGGAGUCCCCAGUUCAUUGUUCAGGCUUAUCUUACUGGACCGCAGAAUGUGAACCUCAAGGAGACAGGUCCAUCUUGGCUUAAGUUUGAGGAAGCCAUAAGUCAUUAUGAAGACUUGAGCAAGGUUCAGGGAGAUUGUAGCAUAUUAUGAUCAGGCCAAACAAGAUUUGCUUUACUGUAAUCCCAAGUCUAUUCUUCCGAAAAGCUGAGAAUUAUUAAUAUAGCAGUAAAACCUUCAAGCAGCUUUAAUUUAUCAAAAUGUACUUGGGAGUCAGCUACACAUAAAUGGUGUGAUGUGAUGAACUCAUGAAGCCGACUAAGCAAAGAGUAGAAGAAUGCAUCAACUUGGUGUUUUUCUAAAACUGAUUCUGAUGAUUAUGACUACUUGAAAAAUAUUAGUAUUGUUGCAAUCAGAAAGUUUAAAUUA